GACAUUCAAGGGCACUGACUAUUCUGGUUUGCUGAUUCUUGAGAGGCAGCUGAAUCAAGACACUUGAUCUCUUUCUGAAGAACACCCCCUCUUCUUUGUGUUUGAGGAAAUUUGUUUUUGUGCUUGGAGAGAGUCAGUUCAUGAUCAUCAACAUGAUACUUUCUCCAGAUUCAUGAAGACAGACAGUUCCUGUACAAAGAGCCCUGGGGAUAUUUUUAAACAAGAGAAAAUGUUCAAGUCCUUCAAAGAUAUUUCCAAAUACUUCUCUGAGGAAGAAUGGGCAAAGCUGACCAAAUGGCAGAAAAGUGCCUAUGUGUUUAUGAAAAGAAACUACAUCAGAAUGACAGGCCUAGGGGUCACAGUCAACCAACCAGUUUUCAUGCGUGGAAAGGAUCAUAUCACAGAAUCCCUAAUGAAGGAAUCUGAUGAAGGUCUUGACCGUGAACAUGAAGGUGAACAUUCUAAGUCGACAUUUGUCAUGGAACAUACAAAAGGCCUGAAGGUCCAGAAGGAGGCAGCAUGGAAUGGAAAUUGCAAAAAGAGAGUGCCAGGUGCACAUGGCUCAGAAAGGGCUCAAAGAUGCCUGCAUACCCAAGCAAAAUCAAGUGUAUUUCGGAGACGCAGUGAGGUGGCAACAGGACCCAAGCGAAGUCAUGGGUGUGCCAGAAAACAAAGAUCUCAGAAAAGAAAGCAUAUCCUAAUGUUUGAAGUGAGCAGUGAUAAUGAAGAAAAUCACUAACCUGGAAAAGCUGGUGAGAAGAAUUUGGUGAUCAUUCAGAAUCAUGGAAACAACUCUGGUACCCUGAAUAUCAAAUGAAAGAAAAAAUUCCCACAGUG